AUCCCCUUGCAGACGAUUUUUUUUUCUUGGUCUCCUCCUGCCGUUGUCCUCAGCUUCAUAUGCAAGGCUGCAGCAACGCCUCUAUCCACAUUUUAAUAAUCAGACAAUCAUCUUUGACUGGCUGCAGCCUGCUCUUCAGAUGCUGGGAGACAAGGCUCACGGUGUGACUUUGAAGGUUAUGGAAUACACGUAUGAUGACGAUCUGGAAGAGUUGUGUCCUGUAUGUGGAGACAAAGUGUCCGGGUAUCACUACGGGCUGCUCACCUGUGAAAGCUGCAAGGGCUUCUUCAAAAGGACAGUGCAGAACAACAAACGAUACACGUGUGCCGAAAAUCAAGAGUGUAAAAUUGACAAGACUCAGAGGAAGAGAUGUCCUUUCUGCCGCUUUCAAAAAUGUCUCAACGUCGGCAUGCGACUCGAAGCGGUGCGCGCAGACCGCAUGCGUGGGGGGAGGAAUAAAUUCGGGCCCAUGUACAAGCGGGACAGGGCCUUGAAGCAGCAGAAAAAGGCUUUGAUACGCUCCAACGGCUUGAAACUGGAGAGCGCGGCCCCUCCGUCCGCUUCUCCUCUCCAUGGCGACUACGGCUUCAGAGGCCCUCUGAACGCCAUGCCCGCCAUUCCCAAAAGCAUUCUCCCCGCCACCCCCGGCUCCAUCACCCCCACAGACUACGAGACAAACCUGUAUGCCCCCCCACCCCUGGGGAUGCAGUCGCACGUCCCCCUUGGCGGCCAGUACCAGUACACAGCCUUCCCGAGCAGGGUCAUCAAAGCAGAGUGCCCCGACUACACCAGCUCGCCCGAGUCUCUAACGGGAUACCCCUACACAGAAAUGUACACUUCGGCCUCACCGCAGCCCCCCAUUUUGCCGCCGCAAAAUGGUGCGUCCAGCCUCCAGCUGGUGCUGGAGAUGCUGCGCUGCGAUCCGGACGAGCUGGCGGUCCGGAACAAGAUCGUCGCUCAUCUGCAGCAGGAGCAGAGCAACCGAGGCCGGUUGGAGAAACCCAGCGCCUUCAGCCUCAUGUGUCGCAUGGCAGACCAGACCCUCUUCUCCAUCGUGGAAUGGGCACGCAGCUGCAUCUUUUUCAAGGAGCUCAGGGUGGGGGAUCAAAUGAAGCUGCUGCACAACUGCUGGUCUGAACUUUUGGUCUUGGAUCACAUUUUUAGACAAGUGCAACAUGGAAAGGGAGACAGUAUCCUGCUGGUGACUGGCCAGGAGAUUGAGCUGACUUCUGUUCUGUCUCAAGGUGAGGCAAAUCUGUCAAGUUUGGUCCAAAGAGGACAGGACCUGGCCAUAAGGUUGAGAGUCCUGCAGGUGGACCGUAGGGAGAUUGCCUGUCUGAAAUUUCUGCUCCUAUUCAACCCCAAUGUGAAGCUGUUGGAGAACCAGGCAUUUGUGGAAGGCGUCCAGGAGCAGGUGAAUGGCGCUCUGCUGGAGUACACCCUGACCACUUACCCUCAAUUUCAGGAGAAAUUCAGCCAGCUGGUGGUGCGACUGCCGGAGCUCCGCGCCCUCAGCACACAGGCUGAGGACUAUUUGUGCUGCAUGCACCUGAGUGGAGAGGUGCCCUGCAACAACCUGCUGAUUGAGAUGCUCCAUGCCAAGCGAGCAUGUGUGUGAGCAAUGCAGAUGACUUGUUUCACCAUUAUCGUGUGUCUUGGUGAGACUUUGUAUGGGAUCAAAGUUAGCAAUGAAAGUGGACUACAUGCCAGCUCAUCUUUGUGAGCAUUUUUAUAGCCGGGGAGGUUCUUGUGAGUUUGAUAGAGCCCCAUCUGUGUUGCAGAUUGUUUUGAGCAUUUCACGUAAAUGUUUUAUAUAUUUAUGUGGCCUCUUUAAAUUGGAUCAAAACAGUUUGGAAUGACUUCAUCAAAUCUAGUGGCAAUGAACAAUAUCUAUAACUCCAAUGAAUCAAGCUUUGCCAACACAACGUAACCCACCAACUUACAUCCAAGCAUUGACAACCACAAAUAUGUUUCAUGACAUUGACAACGAUGUCAGAUAUUGAAACCAUUACUCUAUUGAAACGUUGUCGGAUGUUGAAAGCAUUACUCUAUUGAUGUUAAAUGUCAAGUGUGAAGUACUUUGAGAAAAUCCCAAACGAAAUAUUUUUAUGGUCCUAGUAAUGAAACAAAAUACAUUCAAGCAUGCAAAGAUCAGUUCAUAAAAUUCAACAAAAUAAUCGUCUUCCUGAAGUGAUGACAAACCCGGAAGUGUCACAUCACUUGAAGACAACAAUAGCGGGGCUCACUAUGGAAAGUGUACAAAGCUAGUCAGAAAUUGAUCUGAAAGUGAUGUUUCAAAUUUAUCUGAGGGCAUCCAGGCAUUUGAAGAGUUGGAGGAAGAGGAGGUUGUUGGCAAGAUGUAUGUUGGACCACACGUGUACGAGCCAGAUGCUCAGGAGGCGGAAAAUUAGUGCCCAAAUGGCCAGACUCAGAGUGGAGAUGAGACCCAUCGGGAUUGGAAAAAUGGUAAACGAUGCUAAUAGUAAACUCGAUGCUGUGCCGUGUUGUAAAUUGUGCACAAUGGGAUUACACACUUGGUCCAUGUAUUCCCGCGACCACUAAGAGCACACGUCAUAGUGGGUUGCUGUCCUACAUUGUCAUUGCUAAAUUAGUUGUGUUGCGUUGUCGGACAAGCCACAUAUUAUAUUGGCAGCAAUGUUAAUUGCAAACCAUCACAGAGGAUUCCAUCAUGUAGUCUGAAUGUUACAUCCAUGUACACGUACAGUAUAAUACUUUGAAUCAAAUGUUUUCAUAAUCAACAGCGAGGUUAUUCAUCGAUUGUCACGCCUACCUUUUUUGCAAAUCCGGUUGAGAAUACAGAGGUCCCUGUUUGCCUGAAUGUGAACAGUGUAUUUGCCACACAGGGCCGAGGCAUUUCGCUGGAUAACUCGAUAACAAUGGCAAAGAGCAGUUAACGCGAUAAUCAACAAUGCAGUACUGACUGCCACUCUGCAUCUUUUGAAUUACAUCACUUGAUGGAGAUUGACGAAAAAUUGCGCGUUAUUUAGUGCUUUGCUAUGGGUCUAUCUGAACCUCAGAGGGUUGUGUUAAGAAAACCUAACGAAAAUGUGCUUGAAAUAGUUUUAGCCCCAAGUUUUACUCAAAAGAUGGUUGGCCAUGUUUACUUCACACUUGCCCUUGAAGUUUUGUACCGAGGAGGCUGAUGCUUACCCGUCACAUAAGAUGGCACCAUUCGCCUGUAAUCAUCUCAUGAAUGAUGGCCUGAUGAUUAACUAUACUUUUUAUGAUAGAUUUUAUGACUUAUUUUUCUUUUUAGAAAAUGAAUGUUGGCAUCGUUGGCAUUGUCUUUUUUUGAAUCAAAAAUAUGCAGAUUUGUGAUUCUGCUGUUUUUACGGGAUGAUGAUAUUGAUAAUAUUACAGGUGAGGAAAUUCUCAAGAGAAUGUUCAGUUUCAUUUGGCCACCUUCUAGAGUCAAUAUAGUUUGAUUCCAAUCUAUUUAGAUGCAUUAAAUAUCACAACAGACAUCCGUUAAGAUCAAAUGAAAGAAAAGUUCGUUAAAGCCAGUAAAAAUAAAUAAAUAAAA